AUGGGACCUAAAAUUAUUGUGGCAACUUGUUCCCUAAAUCAGUGGGCACUAGAUUUCGAGGGAAAUCUCGAACGUAUUUUAGAAAGUAUUCGUGUUGCAAAGCAAAAAGGCGCAACAUUACGUGUUGAGGAUACGGAUGCUUCGAUCAUUUUCUUGAAGGAGAUACUUAUCUACAUUCCUGGGAAAUGCUUGGAAAAAUAUUGCAGUCUGAGGAGACCCAUAAUAUUCUGCUCGAUAUCGGAAUGCAAGCAUUCUUCCAUCGAUUUGCCCGUGGCCCAUAAAAGUGUUAGAUACAAUUGUCGAAUUAUAGUACUUAAUGGGAAAAUUUUGCUAAUUCGUCCGAAAAUGUUUUUAGCCAACGAUGGUAAUUAUCGUGAAUUGAGAUACUUUGUCCCAUGGUCACCAAGUCAAUAUGUUGAAGAGUAUCGUCUUCCAAGAAUAAUUAGUGAUAUCACAGGCCAAGCCACAGUCCCUAUCGGCGACGCGGUAGUUUCUACAUUUGACACGUGUGUUGGCGUGGAGUUAUGCGAAGAAUUGUUUACUCCAAACAGUCCUCACAUUAGCAUGGGAUUGGAUGGUGUAGAAAUCUUCACGAAUAGUAGCGGAAGUCAUCACGAAUUACGAAAGCUCCACAGACGCAUUGACUUGAUCAAGGAAGCGACCUUAAAGAAUGGAGGGGUUUAUCUUUAUGCGAACCAACAAGGUUGCGAUGGUGAUCGCCUAUAUUAUGAUGGUUGCGCGCUAAUAGCCGUUAAUGGUCAAAUAAUUGUUCAGGGCUCGCAAUUUUCUUUAAGGGAUGUGGAAGUGAUUACAGCAGUGGUUGAUAUAGAAGAUGUGCGUUCGCAUCGUGUACAAAGUAGCAGGGGCAUGCAAGCUGUUAUUACUCCUUCGUAUCGUCGUAUUGAGGCACAUAUAGAAUUGUCUCAAGAAAUGGACCCUAAACGUUUUCGCCCUACCAAGCCCGUUUCAGAAUAUUAUCACACACCGGAACAAGAAAUUGCACUUGGACCGGCAUGUUGGUUAUGGGAUUAUCUUCGUCGAUCCAAGACUAGUGGAUAUUUUCUUCCCCUUAGUGGUGGAAUAGAUAGUUGUGCAACAGCAACUAUCGUGUAUUCCAUGUGCCGUCUAGUUGUUGACGCUGUGGCCAAACAAAAUGCUCAGGUUAUUGAGGACGCUAGGAGGAUUGCUGGGGAGGAAAAGGACUCUGAUUACAUUCCGACAGAUCCAAAAGAAUUUGCAAAUCGCGUUUUUCACACAUGUUACAUGGGAACCGAGAAUUCGAGCAAAGAAACACGCGAACGCGCGAAAAACUUGGCCAAUUCCAUAGGCAGUUAUCACAUAGACUUAAAUAUGGAUGAUGUUGUAACUUCGGUGCAUGCAUUAUUUAACUUGGUCACCAAGAAGAUACCAAAAUUUCGUGUUAAUGGUGGGACUGAAGUUGAGAAUCUUGCAUUACAGAAUAUACAGGCACGAUUAAGAAUGGUUCUAGCUUAUCUAUUUGCGCAACUUUUGCCCUGGGCUAGAAAUAGAAGCGGUGCUUUGCUAGUUCUUGGAAGUUCGAAUGUUGAUGAAUGUCUUCGAGGUUAUUUAACUAAAUACGAUUGUUCGAGUGCAGAUCUAAACCCAAUUGGCGCCAUAAGUAAAACUGACUUGCGCAAAUUCAUUGCCUAUGCUAAAAGCGAAUUUGAUAUUCCUAUUUUGGAUGAAUUCUUAAACUCAGUACCAACAGCAGAACUCGAACCGAUCACAAGCGAUUAUGUUCAAGCCGACGAGGUUGACAUGGGUAUGACAUACGAUGAACUCUCAGUUUUUGGAAGACUGCGUAAAAUCGAACGGUGUGGUCCGUUUUCAAUGUUUUCGAAACUUGUGUAUGAAUGGGGACCCGCGUUAAGACCUUCAGAGAUUGCAUCAAAGGUCAAGAGAUUCUUCUUUUAUUAUUCCGUAAAUCGUCACAAGAUGACAACCCUCACACCAUCAUAUCAUGCCGAGACAUAUAGUCCUGAUGAUAAUAGGUUUGAUUUAAGACCGUUUCUGUACAACACUGCUUGGAGUUGGCAAUUCAAAAAAGUUGAUUCGCUGGCCAUAGACUUGGAAAAGGGGGAAACUUAA